AUGACGGAGAGCUAUGGAAAAGUUGUAAAGAUAAAGGAUUCCACAGGUGCUUCGCCUUCAGAACCUGUUGAAAAUGGAGAGACAGAAAUGUCCCCAGAAGAAUCAUGGGAGCACAAAGAAGAAAUAAGUGAAGCAGAACCAGGGAGUGGUUCCUUGGGAAAUGGAAGGCUACCAGAGGAAAGUACCCAUGAAAUGAUGGAAGAGGAAGAGGAAACCCCAAAACCUAAAUCUGUGGUUGGACCGCCUGGUGCUCCUAAGAAAGUGCAUGUAAAUGUAGUAUUCGUUGGGCAUGUAGAUGCUGGCAAGUCAACUAUUGGAGGCCAAAUAAUGUAUUUGACUGGAAUGGUUGACAAAAGGACACUUGAAAAGUAUGAAAGAGAAGCUAAAGAGAAAAACAGAGAAACUUGGUACCUGUCUUGGGCCUUAGACCCAAAUCAGGAAGAACGAGACAAGGGUAAAACACUAGAAGUGGGUCGUGCCUAUUUUGAAACCGAAAAGAAGCAUUUCACAAUUCUAGAUGCCCCUGGCCACAAGAGUUUUGUCCCAAAUAUGAUUGGUGGUGCCUCUCAAGCUGAUUUGGCUGUGCUGGUAAUCUCAGCCAGGAAAGGAGAGUUUGAAACUGGAUUUGAAAAAGGAGGACAGACAAGAGAACAUGCAAUGUUGGCAAAAACAGCAGGUGUAAAACACUUAAUUGUGCUAAUUAAUAAGAUGGAUGAUCCAACUGUAAAUUGGAGCAAUGAGAGAUAUGAAGAAUGUAAAGAGAAACUAGUGCCAUUUUUGAAAAAAGUUGGCUUCAAUCCCAAAAAGGACAUUCACUUCAUGCCCUGCUCAGGACUUACUGGAGCAAAUCUCAAAGAGCAGUCAGAUUUCUGUCCUUGUUACAUUGGAUUACCGUUUAUUCCGUAUCUGGAUAAUCAGCCAAACUUCAGUAGAUCAGUUGAUGGACCAAUCAGGCUGCCAAUUGUGGAUAAGUACAAGGAUAUGGGCACUGUGGUCCUGGGAAAGCUGGAAUCAGGAUCUAUUUGUAAAGGUCAGCAGCUUGUGAUGAUGCCAAACAAGCACAAUGUGGAAGUUCUUGGAAUACUUUCUGAUGAUGUAAAAACUGAUACUGUAGCCCCAGGUGAAAACCUCAAAAUCAGACUGAAAGGAAUUGAAGAAGAGGAGAUUCUUCCAGGAUUUAUACUUUGUGAUCCUAAUAAUCUUUGUCAUUCUGGAUGCAGAUUUGAUGCCCAGAUUGUAAUUAUAGAGCACAAAUCCAUCAUCUGCCCAGGCUAUAAUGCGGUGCUGCAUAUUCAUACCUGUAUUGAGGAAGUUGAGAUAACAGCCUUAAUCUGCUUGGUAGACAAAAAACCAGGAGAAAAAAGUAAGACCCAACCCCGUUUUGUGACAGAUCAAGUAUGCAUUGCUCACUUGAGGACAGCAGGAACCAUCUGCCUUGAGACCUUUAAAGACUUCCCUCAGAUGGGUCGUUUUACCUUAAGAGAUGAGGGUAAGACAAUUGCAAUUGGAAAGUUGAAACUGGUUCCAGAGAAAGACUAAGCAUUUUCUUGAUGAUCCUGCACAAUACUGUGAGGAAAAUUGACUACAAAAGCCUGCUUCACACCACCUUCUCUUAUUUUCUGCCCAUUGAUAAACCACUCCCCAUAUUUUGCAAACAGAAAAUUCACAGUAAAAGUCCACAUUAUAUUAGCUUUCUCAUAUUGAGAGCUCUGCUAUGCCACUGUUGAAUUUUUCCCAAGAUUCUCGCCCCUAGCCCCCCCCUUCAAACUCUGCUUCCUUGGACAGAUUUGGCAAUAGCUUUGUAAGUGAUGUGGACAUAAUUGCCUACA